CUCAAAUUAGAAAUGGAAGACAAUAAGCUAACUCAGAAAAUGAAAAGACACGCUGUUAUCGUCGCUAUACACGCGAAUCACAGCGAUCUUGAAAUCUCCCUAUUUUUGAAAGUCGCCCGAUCUUUUGUUAUCAAAGUUCGUCGAGAGUUAGAAGCAUCUGAUGGCAAUGUGGAAAGUAUUGCCAAGAGUAAAAAACAUGAAGCACGUUCUGAUAAAGUUAGAACAUCACAGUUUGUGCAGAAAGUUCAAGGCAUUAUUGAUGAAGGCCCUUCAAAGUCCAUAAGGGCAAUAUCGAAAGAUCUCCAUGUUUCUGUUUGCACAAUUCGUCGCAUUAUCAACGAAGACAUCCGGUACAAGUCUUAUGCGAUGCGUAGAGGUCAGUUCAUGUCUGCACAAACUCGAGAACAGCGUUUCAUUCGGGCAUAA